GGGUGCGCACUCAAGUAUCGGGCGAGGGGAACGACUCGACAAUUGUCACGACAACUUCACUCUUCGGGAGGAACCGGCGCUGUAUGCGCAGGAGAGGGCUUUUUUCCCCCGGACGGUGAGCUCCAGCGGUUCUUCAUUUUGUUUUUGUUUUUUUUUUUUUUUUAUAAAUUGUUUUUUUAUCUUGGUCCCUCUCUCGGGGGGGCUUUUUUCGGGGCACCAGAGGGUCAGUGCGGGCUCUGGUGGGACAAGUAAUUCCUUCGCAGUUGCUUUUUCGGCGGAGGAAUUUUUAGCUGGCGUGGAGCUGAUUCCGCCUCCACCUUCCCUCCGGAACGGUUUCAUUCAGAGCCUUCCUUGGAUGGGACGGUUCACGCACUGGAGGAACUGUAGUGUCAAAGAGAGUUGAGGUACCUCCUGUACCCACGGAGGUGAUUCAGGGUGGUUAACAUGACCCGGUUGGCAGUGCGAUUCGUCGCAACCGUGGUCUGCCUGUCCGUAGUCGUCACAGGGGAAAGUAACACCACAGCAUGGAUACGAAGUGGAAGAGUUCGUGGUGUGAGAGAUACAAUUGACAAAGACCGAGGGGAUAUUGCGUCUGAAGGUGGAGAAACUGCGCCGAGUACUUGGGGCGAAGGAGAAUCAUAUGAAGAUUCCUUGAGAGAUCCAUACAGAGGACGAUCUGAGCACAAUCAGAGUCACUCCUACGAUCCUUACAACAGAGGAGGCCCUGGAUAUGGCUUUGAGAACACCCAGGACCGAACUCGUUAUGAUGGGAAUCGCGGAGGAGAAUCUGGACAAUUCCACGGGGGUCAAUCCGGUUAUGGUAAUGAAGGAGGGCAGACCUGGAGUGGCCAGGGUGGACAGACUGGCUACGGAAGCUCUUACGAUCAGCGGGGUAGAGAUGGUUACGAUCAGCGGGGUAGAGAUGGUUACGAUCAGCGUGGAAGGGAUGGUUAUGAUCAGCGUGGAAGGGAUGGUUAUGAUCAGCGUGGACGGGAUGGUUAUGAUCAGGGAAGAAGGGAUGGCCAGGGAGGGAUCGGUCAAGGGUCAGAGGGCAGAUCAGAAUCAGGUUACGGUCAGUAUCCUGACAGCUAUCAGGUGUACCCAGUACCUGGUGACAGGACUUCAAAGAACUGUACAGGCUCUGGCUGCUGUGCUCCUAAGUGUUUCGCUGAGAAGGGCUCGAGAGGACCCCCUGGAAUCAUUGGACCUGCUGGACCCAAAGGUCAGAUUGGUUUCCCUGGAGCCGAGGGCUUGCUAGGACCCAAAGGAGAGAAGGGUGAUCCUGGUCCACAAGGUCCUAUUGGAAUAAAGGGUGACAGAGGUCCGAUGGGUUUCCCUGGAUUCCCAGGAAUUGCUGGUGUGCCGGGUGUGCAAGGAUAUCCUGGUGCACCGGGUAUGCCUGGGAGAGAUGGAUGCAAUGGCACUGACGGUGAACCUGGACGCCCUGGAGUUUCUGGAGAGCCUGGACCUCGAGGUUACAGAGGUGGUACAGGGCCGAAGGGUGAGAAGGGUGAAGCAGCUUUCGCAGGGCGCUAUCCAGUUGGACAAAAGGGUGAACCUGGUCUCGAUGGUGUGAGAGGACCACCCGGUCAACCUGGACCCCAAGGACCUCGUGGUUUCCCAGGGCCUAAGGGUGACCACGGGCCCUAUGGUGCCCCAGGAGCCCCGGGACCUAAAGGAGAAAAAGGUAACAUGGGGCUGGGUUUCGAAGGAUUGAGAGGAGAGAAGGGCUUGAAGGGAGAGCCAGGACCCCCGGGUAGGGAGCCAGAAUAUCCACCAUUCUCGGGCACAACGAGCUCAGUUGGGCCAACUGGUGAACCUGGACAGAGAGGAGACAAGGGAGAUCAAGGAUUCGAUGGGCCUAAAGGAGAAAUUGGAUUCCCCGGAGACGCCGGAAUACCGGGUACCCACGGUGGCAAGGGAGAGAAGGGUCUUCCUGGAGCUCCAGGAAUUCGAGGAAGAGAUGGCUUUUCUGGCCCUCCAGGACCCCCAGGACGUAAGGGAGAUCGUGGUAUCGAUGGAUUGAAUGGAUUGCCGGGUAGACCUGGACAAAAAGGAGAUCCUGGGCUCGAUGGACCUAGUGGUGUCACUGGUCUGCGUGGACCGCCCGGACCUCCAGGAGGUGGAAAAGGACAGCCUGGACCACCUGGCCCGAUUGGACCUAGAGGAUUUCCUGGUCCCGUGGGACCGCGAGGCUCAGAUGGUUAUCCUGGCGAGCCCGGGCCACGGGGACCUAUCGGUUUAACUGGUGGACCAGGUUUAGCUGGUAUUCCUGGCGCUGAAGGAGCUCCUGGUGAUAAAGGCCUAAAAGGAGAGCCUGGAUUGACCGGAUUUCCCGGAGAAGGUGGACCUAGGGGAUUCGAUGGGCCUCCAGGGCCUGCUGGGCCACGAGGACCUCAAGGAGAUAAAGGAUUCUCGAUAAUUGGUCCAAAAGGAAUGGAUGGUGCUCCCGGUUUAGAUGGUGCAAAGGGUCAAAAAGGAGAACGUGGUUAUGUCGGAGUUCGUGGACGACCAGGGGACUCCCUGGACGGUAUUCCUGGUGCUCCCGGAGUUCCAGGUUUGCCUGGAGAAGCUGGAAUUGCCGGUAGAGAUGGAACGCCUGGAUUUCCAGGUGAACCCGGUGAAAAGGGAGACAUCGGGGGUCGAUGCUCAGACUGUGUUCCUGGGUAUCCUGGGACAAAGGGUGACCGUGGUUUUGACGGGACACCUGGACUGGCCGGACCUAGAGGGCCACCUGGAGAAAGGGGAUACCCAGGAGAAGCUGGGGCUGAUGGAAUGCCUGGACAAAUCGGACCUCCUGGGCCUCCUGGAAAGGACGGAAUCAAUGGAUUUCCUGGAGCCCCAGGUGAACCUGGUGCGUCUGCAUUUAUCACUGAGAGUAUGUUGAAAAUGGAGAAGGGAGAUAAGGGGCUGCGUGGAGAGCCUGGAAGACCUGGGCCACCAGGACCUGAGGGACCGAUUGGCGAGAAGGGAAGACCUGGAUUUGAGGGAUUCCCUGGUCUCAAAGGACAGCCGGGUGAUCGGGGAUUCCCAGGCCAAGAGGGAAUCCCUGGUAGACCUGGAAUACCUGGACGUAAAGGAGACAAGGGAACGAGUAUCAAGGGUGAACCGGGUGUAUCUGGGCGGGAUGGGUAUACAGGACCGAAGGGAGAUCCGGGCCCUUACGGUGACAAAGGAGAGCCAGGACAAUGUCCACCCAUAAAUUACGAAGAAGGCUUUAAGGGAGAUCGUGGAGCUCCUGGAGAGAAGGGAGAACCAGGGCCUCCUGGUCGUGAUGGACUGCCAGGAGACAAAGGUCUUCAAGGACUUUCAGGAUUAACAGGGCCACUGGGACCAAUUGGUGCUCCAGGACCAGUCGGUCCUCGAGGAUUGCCAGGACCUCGUGGUGACAAAGGAGACAUUGGACCCAUGGGAUUCCCCGGUGAGCCUGGAAGGGACGGCCCGAGGGGAUUCCCAGGAAUACCAGCGCCGAAGGGAGAGAAGGGAGAACCUGGAUUGUCCAUGAAGGGAAGUCAAGGAUUAACUGGGCCACCGGGUGAGAAGGGAGAACGAGGUUUGCCAGGACCACCAGGAAAGGAAGGACCUGCUGGAUACUCAGGAUUACCUGGAUUCGCUGGAGAGAAAGGUGAUAUUGGUAGCCCUGGAAUCAACGGGCUCCCAGGUGCCCCAGGAGAAAAAGGAGAUACUGGAUUGAUAGGACCCCCUGGACCACCAGGUGUAUCAGGUUUUUCAGGCGUUGAUGGACCCAAGGGUGAGCCCGGUUUGCCUGGAGAACCUGGACGCGCUGGUUUCCCUGGGUUCCCGGGUGUCAAAGGAGAUAGGGGCGAGCCUGGUAUCGAUGGCCCGAAGGGAUAUCCUGGGCGCAGAGGAAUCCCCGGAGUCGCUGGACGACCUGGGCUGGAAGGACCACUGGGACCAAAGGGCGAACCUGGUGAGAAAGGAGCGGCAGGCUUUCCAGGCCUUCCAGGAAUGGAAGGUAAGCCUGGAAGACCAGGAUUUGAAGGACCCAAAGGUGAUCGUGGCUUUGAUGGUGCCCCUGGCUUACCUGGACCAAUAGGAUUGGAGGGAUCUAAAGGCGAUCGUGGUUCACCUGGAUUCCCCGGGCGUAAAGGAGAGGCCGGCAGUGUGUCUGACAAAGGGCAGAAGGGUGAGCCAGGUAUGCCUGGAAUCCGUGGACCAAUUGGUGCUCCAGGUAGAGACGGUAUUGACGGAGAGAAGGGAGAGGCUGGACGACCUGGUUUCGCUCGUGAUGGGCUGCCGGGGCUGAAGGGUGAACCUGGUGAACGUGGACUCGAUGGAUUACCUGGAUUGCAAGGACCCAAGGGAGGCACUGGGGUACAAGGCUUCAAUGGACUUAAAGGCGACAAAGGUUUCCCUGGACCUUACGGCGAACCCGGUAAACCGGGAUUGGAUGGAAUGCCUGGUGAACCUGGGGAAAUUGGACCACAGGGACCGCCCGGAUUCCCGGGAAUUAAUGGGGAAAUUGGACAGCCUGGGCGGCCGGGGUUGGACGGGGUUAAGGGAGACGCUGGACCUCAGGGAUUGGAUGGAUUGCCUGGAGUUCCUGGACCAUUUGGCGAGAAGGGAGAUAGGGGCCUUCCGGGACCAACGGUUAAUAUUAAGGGUGAGAAGGGAGAACCUGGAUUACCCGGAAUACACGGAUCGGAUGGUGAGAAGGGAGAUCGCGGAUUUGAAGGACAAGCCGGGUUCGAUGGUGUCAAGGGAGACAGAGGGGCGCCUGGACCCAUGGGCAAUCCUGGAGCACCUGGUGCACCCGGACCUAAAGGGGACCAUGGACCUACCGGUGCUCCUGGUGGCCCAGGCCAAACGGUGAAGGGUGAGAAGGGUCUUCCAGGACUCCUCGGCAAGCAUGGACGGGAUGGUUUCCCUGGAAUUCCUGGGGAGAAAGGAGAAGUGGGUUUCCCAGGUCUGCCAGGACCGAAGGGAGACGCUGGACCAUGGGGACCACCUGGCCUUCAAGGCGAAAAGGGUGAAUCCGGUCCCAUUGGUCCAGAAGGACCACCAGGACGCAGUGGAGAUCCAGGAUUCGAAGGCGCUCCUGGACUUCCUGGAGAAAGAGGACCAAAGGGAGAUCAGGGGCCACCUGGAUUGUUUGGAGGUGUUGGACAGAAGGGAGAUCGUGGCCUCUCAGGUCCACCCGGUUUGGAUGGAAUACCUGGUGAAAAGGGCGAUAAAGGAUUCGACGGUAUACCUGGUGCACCAGGUUUCCCGGGAGAGAAAGGAGAUCAAGGAUACCCUGGUCCAGCCGGAUUGACAGGAGCUACUGGCUACGUUGGCGUUAAGGGAGACAAGGGUGACGAGUGUGUCGAGCCUCCGAUGGGACCAAAAGGAGAUCGUGGAUAUCCAGGGAGGGCCAGUCGGUCCCCCGGGACUGCCAGGGCUCCAAGGGCCUUCGGGAAUUCCAGGACCUCGAGGAGAGCCGGGUGCUCACUGCGAACAGGCUGCUGACUAUCUGACUGGUAUUCUCCUUGUGAGACACAGUCAGAGUCAGAGUGUACCCGUCUGUGAACCUGGUCACAUUAAAUUGUGGGAGGGUUACAGUCUCCUGUACACAGACGGUGACGAGAGGGCACAUUCUCAAGAUCUAGGCUAUGCCGGCUCGUGUGUAAGGAAAUUUUCGACAAUGCCUUUCCUAUUCUGCGAUGUCAACAACGUGUGCCAUUACGCCAGCCGAAAUGAUCGCUCUUAUUGGUUGUCUACCAAUAGUCCAAUACCGAUGAUGCCAGUGGAAGAAGCAGGCAUCGAGGAGUACAUCUCCAGAUGCGUCGUUUGUGAAGUACCAGCCAAUGUUCUAGCAGUUCACAGUCAAUCGCUGGUUAUUCCGGAUUGUCCUCCUCAGUGGUCCGGUCUGUGGAUAGGCUACAGUUUCGUUAUGCACACCGGCGCCGGUUCUCAGGGUGGCGGGCAGUCACUAUCAAGCCCGGGCUCCUGUCUGGAAGAUUUCCGUGCAACGCCCUUCAUCGAGUGCAACGGUGCGAAAGGACACUGCCACUACUACGCGAAUGAAUUCAGCUUCUGGAUGGCAACGAUCGAAGACAGACAGCAAUUCCAGAGGCCCGAAAAGCAAACACUCAAAGCUGGUAACCUAAGAGGCCGAAUAAGUCGAUGCCAAGUUUGUAUAAAGAAUACGUAAGACAAUAUGACACAGCAAUUAUCGUAAAACAAUUUGAUAUUUCUACUCUUCUUCCAUAAAUUUUUAUAUUGAAAAAUGUCAUGUAUGAAUUCUCAGCGAAUGAGAAUAAUCCUGGUAGUGGGUUAAUAAUAAUUGAGGGCUUGAGUGGAUCAAGAAACUCACUCGAGACAACAAUAUUUUCUAUUUCGUCUGCUAUUCUUUAUCCAGUGCUUUUGUAGCAUAUCUGUUAGCCAAGUAACCCAAUGUUUUCCUCGGCUUUGAAAGGAGCUCCACCGAGACUCAAUUUUCAAUACUCACGUCGUCGAUUCUACUCCAGUGAGUUCAUCUUUUUCCUCUUCAACUCACUCCUCGUUAACCCAUUCCACUUUUAUCUCAACUUUGCGAAAAACAGAAUGAAAACUUGGUCCUUCACUCAUCUCACUACUUUAUCCUCUCCUGUCUUGUUUUCUCCACCUUACAUUUUUAUAACUAUACCACUAAGUGCCUAGCAAUACUACUUAGCAUGUAAAAUAAUAUAUAUUUAUAUCGUUAAAUUUGUACGAAGUCGAUUAAAAUGCACAAAAUGAAGAAAUAUAUGUUUUAUUCAGACGAUAAGGAAAAUUUAUAUGGAGAAAUAAUGAAUGAGGUCACUGCCGAUAUUCAAUAUGGCAAUUUUACAUAUUGUAUAUUAAUAUAAUGAGAAAAUUUUAAUGGACAGAUUUGUAGCGCAGAAUGUUCGCGUGAAGCCAAAUAUUUAAGUACAUAGGUAUUUUGCUACAUAGCCAAUAAAAAUUAUACCUCCACA